CCCUGUACUUUAUAAAUGCAGAUUGGAUAAAAACACGGUGAUGACAGUUCACACCUGCAGUGAAGCCCCUCCCACAACAAUUCACCAAUAAAUACUGGGAAUAUUCCCACCAUCCUACAAGAGAAGGACAAACUCCAGGAGUAGCAGCUGAAAUCUGUGUGACUGUUAAAGAUGGAGUUUAUUAAAGAAGAGAUUGAAGACAUGAGUGAUCAUGGACCAUCCAGAAUAAAACAUGAAGAUACUGAGAAACAAUUAGACCAGGUGAGAGUGGAAGAGCAAAGACAAGAACUGAAUGAAGUGGAGGAGGAACAUCGUAACUUUACAAUUCAAAGAACAAAAGCGAAAAAGACGCACACCUGCUCUCAGUGUGGAAAGAGUUUCACACAGAAAGGAAACCUUAACAGACACAUGAGAAUUCACACUGGAGAGAAACCGUAUACAUGCACUCAGUGUGGAAAGAGUUUUUCUCAAGCAUCACAUCUCAGUGUUCAUCUGCUCCGUCACUCUGGAGAAAAACCAUUUAACUGUGAUCAGUGUGGUAAAGAUUUUAUUUCAUCAGCACAUCUAAACCAACACCUGAAAAUUCAUUCAGAUGAGAAGCCGUAUGUGUGUUCUCUCUGUGGAAAGAGUUUUUCAAGGCUGGACAAUUUUAAACGGCACCAGAAAACACACAACAAAGUGAGAGAUUAUAUGUGCUUUGACUGUGGGAAGAGCUUUACUACAUCUGCUGAUUUGAAACUGCACCAAAGAAUUCAUACUGGAGAAAAACCUCACAAGUGCUCAUAUUGUGAUAAGAGUUUCACUCAGUCUGGAAACCUGAAAGAACAUGAGCGACUUCAUACUGGAGAGAAGCCGUAUACUCAGUGUCUCAGUUAUCAUCUGCUUGUUCACUCUGGAGAAAAAAAUGAAGUUAGAGAUCACGUGUGUGCCUUGACUGUGGGAAGAGAUUUACUACAUCUGGUGAACAAAAACGGCACCAAAGAAUUCAUACUGGAGAAAAACCUCACAAGUGAUCAUAUUGUGACAGGAGUUUCACUCAGUCUGGAAACCUGA